AUGCAUAAACAGGAUCGUGGCAGAUCGAAAGAUGAAGUGUCAACAGAUCUCAGCAAUUCCGGUGUAUCUGGAACGCAUCUCCGUCACCGCUGCUGCCCACAGGAAGCCGCCCGCCGCCGAGCGCAAAAAGCCACCACCGCCACCGCCGCAGCGCCGCCCCGCCCGCCGCCCACGCCCCCCGUUCCCCCCCCGCCGGCCGCCGCCCCGGCGCUGCUGGCGGAGGAGCGCCCUGCUCGACCACUUGCAGCAGGGGCGCCGCCGCCGCCGCUGCCGCCGCGCGGGCCCGUCGGCGUGCGAGUGCGGGCGGCGGCCGCGCGGCGUUCCCCCGCCGCCCGCGACCAGCCCCGCCCGCCCCCGCCGCCGCCGCCCGCGUCGCCGGCGCGCACGCCGGCACGCGCUCGCCUACCCGCACGCGCAUGCGCCACGCCCGCUCGCGCUGCGCCACGAAGCUGCACCCCCGGCGCGCCCUGCGGCCGCAGCAGCGGCCGCCGGCCGCCGCGCGCGCCGCAGCGCUGCCGCCGCCUACCAGCACGCCCGCCGCCGCCGCCGCGCACGCCGCCGCGCGGCCGCUCGCGUUCGCACGAGGCCGACGCGUGCGAGGUUCGCGCGGUCGCGCCGCGCCGCGACGCCGCGGGCCCCGCCGCCUGCCGCCUGCCCGCCGCCCUCGGCCACUCGUCGUCGCCGCACCACCUCAAGCACCGCAACCGCGAGCAGGACCAGGCGCGCGCCAUGGCGCAGGUUGUGCGCUGGCUGGAAAAGGAGUUCUCGUCGACGCUGGACGCCGCAGCGGCCGGCAGCCCCAAGGGCGCGCGGGACACCUCGCCGCCCUCGCCGCCGCCCCCGCCGCCUCCGCCCGCCCGCGCCGCCGCAACCGCCGCCGCCUCCAGCGCCACCGCCGAGCGCGUGCGGGACCCGGUGGAGCGCCACGAGCACCACCACGUGCACGAGCACGCCUGCCAAUUGGCCCGGCUUGCUCUACCCAGCAGCACCUAAGCACCACUCCUGAUACUCAGCAGUUCUUUCUCCUCCUGAAAAGGGUUCGUGACGAACUGCUAUUUGGUGGUUACUGGUGUCAGCAAGGAGCAGCCACAUUGAUGUGCCGUUGGCAGUGCCUCUUAUCAGUGUUGAUACUUCUGAUGCAAUUUACUCAUAAAACUGCCAAUGCAGAAAUUGAACAACAAUUCAAGAUAAUGUGUUAACAGUGAGGAAUGUAUGUUUGUAACAAGUGGCCAGUGAUUGAAUUGGUUAAAAUAUUAAAUGCCAUGUCCAACAACAAAGAUAAGCAAACUGCAAAGAUACUUUUUCUAUACUAGAGAUUAAAAUUACAUACAUUUUAACAUUUAAAAAAAAUUAUUUAGUUACAUAUUAAUGAACAAAUUCGGCCUCUGAAAAAUUAUUUUUUGAAGUGGAAAAAUCUUCACAAUUUUUCAAUAUUAUCGUAACCUACACCAAAACAUUAUUUUGAAAAUAUUCAUAUCAUCAGUAAACAAGUGAAACUCACUAAGUCCCCACACCAAAAUUUGAGGUAAAUCAUGUUGAAUCUGUUAAAUUUGACAAAAUUUGUUUCUUCUGCUACAUAAGAACUAAAACCUGGGUAAUAGUGUUUAAUAUUCACUUUACUAUAUAAUAUUGUUUUAAGAAACAAAAAAAUAAAAGUAAUUAUUUUUUUUAAUGAUAAGGAAUAAUUGCAGGGUUUUGUUACUAGUUAAAAAAGGAAAUGAUCCAUAGUUUAGUUCACCCACACUCUAGGACAUGAGAAAAAAAUGGGUUUACUGAAUUUCACUUGCAUGCAGAUGACGUGUAGCUCUUCUGUGCCAAAAGUUAUUUCACCAAACAUUCUCAUUGAUGGAUGAUGAUGCUCCUGUAAUUUAUUAUGUAACAUGAAAUUUGAGUUUCAUUUUGUCUUGUUGGCUUUUAGAAAAUACUAAUUUCUUUUAAUAAUAUGGCAUUGAGAGGUAGAACUCUCUAAAGGAAGAAUAUGCGACAUAACAGAAAUAAAAUGCUUCCUUAUUUGUUACGUUCCACACUUGGAACUACUUGUCCUGCUAGUCUUGACACAAUGGCAAUGUACUUAAAACCAGCAGGCUAAUGAACUCUGUGGUAAUCAGUGUUGCUGUAGUUUCAUGUAUCAAUGCUGCCAAAUGAUUACGAGUUAUAUAUAGAUAUUAUUUAUUUCAGUGUGAUUCUCAGUAUAUGAAUAGACAGCAAUUGCGCUUACAGGUAUGAUGUUUGUACAUAUUUAUACACAUUUGUACAUAAAAGAAUGAAUGUGUGAAUGCACUAAAGAUUUAAGACUGGUAGCAGCUUAAGUAAUUAUCUACCUCCACUAAGAUGGGAUUGGCUCCCACAAGAAAUUUGUACUUUGCAAAUGUUCUGAUUUACAAUGAUUGAAUCAGGGAUUGGAAGCAUAA